AUUUAUUUUUCAGUAUGCGCUGGUAGUGCUCUGCCACUAAUACCAGGAGACAACAGUCAUUAUGUUGAAGGGGAAAGCCGUUACAUCUGGAUGCCUGAUGAAAAUGAUGUUCCAAAACUGGUAGACUUGCAUGAACCAGUCGACGAAGUGGCUCUCGCGGAAAAUAGAAGAGGAGCUGAUAACGCGUACUGGCUCUUUACCAGACGCAACCCAACUGCUCGCCAAAUUAUCACCAAUGGUAAUGCUAUGAGCGUGCAUAACUCCAAUUACAACGGAGCUAGAGCAACUAAAGUCAUCGUCCACGGAUGGAACAACAAUGGUGGCUCUCCCGUCAACAAUUACAUCAGAGACGCUUUCUUAGCGAACGGAGACCACAACGUCAUUGUACUGGACUGGUCCCGUCUUGCCAACCAAGGAUACUAUACCGCUAUUGCGGGAGUUCCCGAUGUCGGACGUACACUUGGAAACUUCAUACAGUGGCUCAUCAAUACCGGCGGCGGCAACUGGAACCGCGUUCACUUUGUUGGCCACAGUUUGGGUGCUCACGUUGUAGGCAAUGCUGGGCGUCAAGUUGGCAAUCGUGUAGUGCGUAUCACAGGUCUUGAUCCCGCUGGCCCUGAAUGGGGCGGCAAUGCCAAUGCCCUGAACCGCAACAAUGGAGUUUAUGUCGAGGCUAUUCACACCGAUGGUCGUGCACUUGGUAUCAUGAAUCCUAUUGCCAAUGCCGACUUCUACCCCAACGGCGGCAGAACUCCCCAGCCUGGAUGCGGUCUUAAUAAUGCGUGUGCCCACGGACGCGCUUUCCAGUUCUUUGCUUCAUCUGUACGAACGAAUCACUUUAUUGCAAGACAAUGCAGAAAUCUAGCUGAAGCAGAACUAAGCAACUGCACUGGUGCUCAGCUCCGCAUGGGUAACGCUGACUUAAACAAACGAGGCAAUGGCUUGUUUGGUCUGAGAACUGGAUCCAACUGGCCCUUCUAAAGGAGUAACGACACCUAUUCCGUGUAAAAGGACCUGUUGAAGACAUCGUUAACAAAAAUAAAAUGUAAAGUUAUUUAUUUCAUGUAUGCAAUAUGUUGAUGGUAGUA